AUGGCCACCCCCUUCAGCUACCACGCCAAAGCCCAAUCCACCUUCAAGCCUCCCCUGAUCGCAAACAACAACGCGUUCCUGGGUGAUGUAUACUCAAGCGAAAAAGAAAAUCCCGACAAGCCCAUCUCGGCGGGCUUCUACCGGCUGGAAAAGGGUACCCCGCUGGUGUACGAGUACACCUACGACGAGAUGAAGAUCAUCCUGGAGGGCCAGUUUGAGAUUUCCGACGAGACGGGGCAGAAGGUGACGGCGUCGCCUGGGGAUGUGUUUUAUUUUCCCAAGGGGGCGAAGAUUACCUUUACGACGGAGUCGUAUGGGUUGGCUUUCUAUACUGGGCAGAGGAAACAGGGCGCGGCUUAG